GUCCCAAUUCUGGGAAAUGGAAAGGCUUGUUGAGGGAGGGUGUGUGUGUGUGAGUUUGUAUGGGCUGUGGUUUUUUACGUUUUUCUGUACUUUUGAGUAAAAUAGAAAAUAGUGUUUAAAUCAUCAUAGUAAGUUUUGUUUAGCAGAGAAGAAGACGGAAAUACGUAUUCGUUUGUGUGUAGGUUUGUUGUAGGAAUCACGAGGAAUGUUCCACCGAUGGUAAUCGAUUCUAGUGUGCAGUGUAUUUGUGUAACUGUACGUGUGUGUUUGUGUGGAAUUAUAUGUUUUACAAAGAGUAACGCAAUUCCUACGGGUUUUAUGAAACCGAUUAACUCCGAUCAUCGCACCGUUGCUGUCGUUUGUGUUGCAAACAGCUCAAUCCACGUCCCGUCCAUCAGUCUACGAUCAAUUCCUACAUCCGGUGGUAACACCUUCUUCCAAUCAAUCGAAUCAAUUCCAACGACACGAUCCGGCAACGAAAGAAAACGGAUUGAAUGAUCGUACAUCGUAUCAUCCAUAGACGCUAGAACACCGAAGGAUCCGGUACCGAUCAGAAGCUAACAACCGGUACGUGACACGAUGUGGAAGUGUCACAAAUGUGGCAAACCAGUCUUUUUUGCGGAACGCAAACAAUCGCUCGGCUACGAUUGGCAUCCGGAAUGUUUGCGGUGUGAGGAGUGUGGCAAGCGGCUUAACCCUGGACAGCAUGCUGAACACAAAGGUGUACCGUACUGUCAUGUGCCGUGCUAUGGUGCUUUGUUUGGACCGCAGCUUUUCGGGCACGGUACGCGGGUGGAAUCGCACAAGAGCUUCGGCCAGCCGGAUCAAAAGAAGCAGGCCAUCCAGCGUUCACCGGCGGGUCCGACAGUGCCGCGGGGCCACCUUGAGUCGAAGCUUAAAUGUUAUAAUCAAUUCCACAAUAAUAAGAGCAUGGAGAUAAGGAGCCGUGAGGUAAAUGGGCGGCUGGUGCUGGAGGGUGCGUUGCGUAUAUACUGGGGAGUUCAGGGUAUGAUCCAUCUGAAGGAAGACGACGACCAGCGUACGGUGGUGACGGUGCGGAAGCGUAAUUCGUACCGGCAAAGUACUCCCGUAUCGUUGGCCCAUGCUGCCGGUGUGACGAGCGACGAUGGUGACGAGGGUGAUGAGAAGGAAAACAGACCGAUCGGUUCGGAUCAACAGGCGGGGCGUGGUGGGGCAGGUGUUAUGGGUAUCAGUACAUCGAGUUUAACGGAACCGGCCGAUAGCAAUAACGACACGACUACCAUCUCCGAAAGCAUCUCGUACGAUACGCUCAGUCUGUCAUCGGAGCUGAACUCCAACUUUGACUCCAAACCGGCCUCGUCGAGUGAAUCCUCUAAGGAGGUAUCACCGAGUCAUGCCGGUAGCAAGUACGUCACAUUACCACCGAAGCUAGACGUCAAACAACUCGACUGGGACGAAAUCGACGAGCUGCUGCAGGUGGAACGGAAGCUGGACGAGAGUGAAAAGCUUUACCGGACGAUGCCGUCCCCGUUGGCAUCGGUUGGGGCUGGGCCCGGUUCCGGCUCCGGUGAUCGUAGCAUCGCAAGUGAAAGCAUCACCGAUACGGAUUAUAAAACGCUCACACCUAACACGGCAACGGGCGGUUCUGGUGGUUCGGGUGAUUCCGGUGACAGUGACCGUACGACGACCGGUGGACCGGAUACGUCCACAAGCGUUACCAGCACCGGUACGAGCGUAACGACGAACGGGGACGAUGAUUUUCGUACGCCGGAAGCGACGCUACGGUCGCAAGAUUUUGAAGCAUUCAAGAUGCAAAUUAGUCGCGAGUUUAUCAACAGUACGGCCGAGAUGGGCACAACGGACGGUACGCUGAAGCUUAAUCAACCGAUCGAUCCGGCACGGAUUAAUGACUCGUUGAAGCUGUACAACGAUGGCGUUAUGAAUCGAAGCCUUUCGGAUGAGCAGUGCCGGAAUGCAAUGUUUUCUCUACCGGCGGGCAAUAUUACGGGUUCAUUCCACGUCGAGUCCGGUGGUAAUGAAGAAGAUGAAACGACUUUGCGUCAUCCGGCGAAUGGCAUUUAUGCGACGCCUAACCACAUCCGCCAAUCGUCGAACGAUAGUCCGAAGAAACGGAUACAUCUGCAGCGGCCACAUCCGACCACCGACGCACCGUCUUCGGAAGCGACGACAAACGGCGGUGGCGUAACGUCACCCGGCACCGACACGGACAGCUGGACAGCGGAUCGUGGUUUGCUGCGCUCCAAAUCCCAGGGCAACCAUUACUCGGGCAAUAGCUUGAUGGAUAGUGACGGCGAGGAGGAAAGUGGCGGGACCGGGUCGGAAACGCUUAAACCUUCCGACAAGCCACCCGCAUCGAUACACAUCCGCAUGGAUUGUUACGAUGAGCUGGAGAGUCCAUCGUCGGCAAGGGGCAUCACUUCGUCGGAGGAUGGCGAUAUGACGGCGGUAACAACGACCACAGUAACGACGACGACACUGCCGUCGGAGUACAGUACCAGCAUCAGCGGUCAUCCCGUAACGGACGAUGGUGUCGUACUGCGGAAACCACCGAAAACUGGUUCCACCGCGAUCAAGCGCCGGUCGGGCAACAGACGGUCCCGCACCAAGCUGAAGCGUCGCUGCUCGAUCAACGGACAUUUUUACAAUCGUGAAACGUCUUUCUUCACACCACCGUACGGUUCGCAGAUGAACGUAUGGGUGACGUCACUUGUCAAUACGCAGGAGGUAAUCAAUCUACUGUUGGAAAAGUAUAAAGUUGAAUCGAAGGCGGAAAAUUUUGCACUGUUUAUCGUGCGCGAUAAUGGCGAGCAGAAGAAGCUAAAAGACGAUGAUUAUCCGCUCGUAACGCGGGUCAUACUUGGCCCACACGAGGAUAUUGCCAAGCUGUUCCUCAUGGACGGUCAGCAAACGCAAGAAAUCAGUAGCGAAGUUGCACAGUUUCUGAACCUGUCCAUUCCGGAGUGUCGUGCUAUCUUGGAACGGUUUCACGAGGAGGAGCAACGUGAGUUGCAUCGAAUACGGUUCAAAUUUGCUGAGCUGCGGAAACGCAUCAUACAGCGUAUGGAAUCGCUGAAAGUCAGGCUGUAGAGAAGAAUGUACACAAAGAAACAAACACAAGAACACAUCAUCGGGAGGGCUGCAAACAGCGCUCCUAGAUAUAUACAUGCAUGUAAAGGAUUAUCUUUUCCGCCCCCCUUCCUUUCGCUGUACGUAAGUCAAGAUGUUCGAAGAAAUUCAUUCGCGACACACACACACACACAAAACAAGCAAUCAAAUCGAAUAGUAACCAUACUUGUUGAUGUUUAUUGUUAAGCUAGGGCACACCCGAAGAGGCCUUCAAACGGGAAGGAAGUAAAAGUACAUGGCAUAAGUGUGUUGCAAUCUUUAAUCACUAGCGCUCUUAAAAGCAAAAAAAAAAGGAAAAUCAGCUCACUGUAUAGUUUGUUUUUCUUUGUUUCCCUACCCCUCCCCCAUCAUGUAUUCAAAGAUAUUGUUGCGUUUAAAAUUUGCAUUAUAAAAAAACACACACACGCGCGCGGUCAACUUGCAUCGCAUGGUGUAGUCAUUUUUUUAACGAUAGAAGUAAAAGUAGAAAAAAACAAAACUAGUACUCGAAUUCGUAGGUAAUGGUAUCGGGAUUUGUGUAAAGCAAAAAAAAAAAGGUUAGAAUAUCAAAACUGCCAAACUUGAUUGAGGUAUUUUAUAAUAAGCGGUAGCAACGCAGGUAGCAUACGAUUAGAAAUUAGCGUGAACGCUCGAACGCUCCAAAACUCACCAAUUUUUUGUCUCAAGCAAACGGGUACAGAGCAAUUGACGAAGAAAGAAAAACAAAUGGAGGAUUGAUAGCAAAACCCAAGGAACAAAAAGAAAAACAAUCACGGAAAAAUUAGAAUUGAGAGGUGUGUGAUACAUGUGCAGAUAUCAUAAAACACAAACACACACACACGAUUAAAAAAAACUCAAUCAUUAUUGUGUAUAGCAGUAGGGCGGUAGGAGAAGGAAAAAAAACUCAUAACUUUUACACAAUCAAAACCUCAACAUAUUUAUCUCACGAAAACUCAAAACAGCUUUAACGCCUGUGAACAAUGUGCUCCAAUAACUGAGAACGUACUGAAACUGUGACGUUUUAUCUCAAGCGGUAAACGAUCUAGCGUAGAAUGUAACGUACGAAAUGUAACGCUGUAAUGUAAUGUUCUACUUGUAACACCCGACUGAUAGUCCAGGUGCUUCCCUUUCCCCCCUUUAGCUCAUUAGCAUAAUGUGCCCCUUCUCCGUAUCUAAGCCUCGCCCUUGUACGGGUGCAGAGACAACAUGAACAUUUUGAAACAUCAUACAAAAAAAAGGAAUCAAUACGUGCGGUUUGUCUAAUUUAAAUGUUUGUUCUUUUUUUGUUGGUUCAAUUGUGUAUAUUUUUUUGUUUUUUUUAGGCUUUUAUAUUCUAAAACAUUAAUCAUUAAAAAUCAUACAAUAAUAGAACCUUUUCAAACAAUGCUUGCGUUAAUGUGGUUAAUACACAGUAUGAAAGUAACAUCAAAAAAAUAUAUUAUCAAUCUUUGCAAUGAAUAUUCCUUAUCCCAGUGCUCCAUUCAUUCGGGAGCGUUUCUGAGAGGCAAAUAAAACGGGGUAAAUCAAUAAUCGAACGCAUACAUAUAUGCCUAACGUUACACACGGCAGAUGGUAAAAGCGCAUUAAGUAAGGUGGGGUUAGUGUAAGGACGUACACAAUGCCCACGACGAUGCUUACUCACUGUUGCUUGAAGAACAAAAGUAACAAAUAAAAUAGCAAAACAAAAAAAACACACGUGUCUAAGUAAAGUAAUCGAAGAAACAAACAAAAACAUAAAAAAAUAAACAAAACAUAAUCUCAGGCAGUGAUGGAAUAACCAAGAGCAAGCUAUGAUUUUCAACAGGAUGAAGUAGAUUUUUGUUUUUAAUAAAAGAAAAAAAACAAACAAACAUAACAAUGUAGUAGUGUAAAACAAGUGAAGGAUCGAUAACUCUCCGGGUGAAACCACAAUCCGUGAAAGAUGACUACCUUUAUUUUCCGGUGCGUUAUCGUAAGCUGGUAAUCUCUUUCGUUGCUUCGAUUUGUGAUGGCGAGACGAUGUAGAGGGGCAAAACAGCAGUAAGCGAAUAAUAUAAAGCAAUUAACAAACAAUGUUUCAAUGGUAUUUUAGUAUGUGUUUGUUUUUCUUUUUUCGUGUUAGCAUUUUAUAUAUAAUAAACAAUAACGUUUGUACGUAGUUAGGCAACGAGA